AUGGUAACUAACGAGACAGAUUCCCCGACAAUCGGGCAACCAACUGCCGAAUCUGCACAAGGGUCUUCGUCUCGCGCUCACAUCAUGCGGUUCAUGUCGGCAGAGAAGAUAGAGGAACUCGAGAAAGAGAUCCAGCUGCUAAGAGCACGACUACCACCAGAGCCAUCUCAUACAGCCGGGUCAUUUCCCAACGACUAUGCGCCUGAUAACCAGAGAUCACUUCAAUUCCCUCCCAUAGAAACCUUCAACACUCCAGCAAACAUUAGCUACACCAAUCUUCCAUCUCAAUUAGCAGUCUCAACAAGUACAAGUUCUCCGGAGACAGCAUCCCACUUCCCAAGACCACAAAAACGGCCCAGAUCCUCCUUCGAAACCGAGACUCCUGCUGUUGCAAACGUCUUCAACGACGACGAUCUUAGCACUGAGGAAUCAGAGUUAUACUUUAACGCUUUCUUCUCAGGCUGUGAUCGAUGGCGUACACUCGCGCUGAGGACACAGCGUAUGCUUAAUGCCGCCAUCGCGAAUCCGUCAACAGGCAAUCUUGAGACAGUGCAGGCUUUACUAGUUCAGGCAUGCUAUGCUGGUGAAAGAGCGAUUUUGAUUGCGAUUGCUACACGCAUGGCGAUGGAUCUUGAAUUCACUGAAGCAUAUGAUACCCUCGUUGCUGAGUCUGUAUUGGGCGAUACACUUUCCAAUGGCGAGCCAGCGACACUUGAGAACAACUACACGCGUAUGAGAAAAGCGCGAGUGUGGCUUCAUCUCCUGGUCAUGAGUUAUAUCCUCCACGUCGACGCCGGCGGUGUGCCCACGUUCAAAUUCCGAGGUGCUUCACGACGAUGCAGAAUCCUUCUACAAAGUCCAUUCUCUACUGGCAUGGAUCAUUAUCUCUUUGCUCAGGUUGAACUGAAUGUUCUUCGCGCCAAGAUAUAUGCGUCCUUGCCGCAGAAGGCAAACCUUAACGAUAGUGAGAUCAUGGAUUUGGUUAGAGAUGCCAAGCUUGAUAUCGAUGUCUGGUUCCAUGAUUGGAUACGUAUCUCUCAACCACAUCACCAAACUAUGCCAUGGUUUGUCCCGAAUUUAUCUGUUCAACGAUGUUGGGCUGAUAACAUGGCUCUUUGUCGCGCCGUGCGAGCUGCAGGCGUGGAGAACGUGAAUGUCAUGUCGCCUACACAGAAAACCAUUCUUGACAUGACCAAGGCGACGCUAAAACAGCAUCUCGGCAUUAUCAUCCAGGAGCCCCGUCUUUAUCUCAAGAGUAUACGAUAUGCCAUGGACUUUGUUUGGGCAAAAAACACAUUUUGCUGUUUACUUCUACUCAAGCUAUGCGCUCUUCUUCCUGAUGGAGAAGAUCAGCAAUCUCAGCACGACCUGGUCGCAAAAGCGAGUAUUUUACUCAAUGAACUAGAAACAGCUGUUGCCGGUGGAGUCAGAGGCGACAGUCGAUCGAAUACAAGUGUGCUCUACCUCCAGCUUCUUAAGAAGAGCAUUCAGAAGUACAAAAGAGGGCUCAACUUAGACACGAAUGACCCCACGGAAGUCGAUGCCACAGAAGAGCGACGAGAUGGGUACACCGACCUCGAAUCGUUUGUGCCUGACCAGUUCGUGUUUGAAUGGGACUUUCCGGGGUUGACAUUAUUCUCUUCGCCAAUCAAUGAGACAACCUGGUUAAAUGAGUUUUUGACGGGCGCGCAAGACUUUGGGGAGAGUGGAGGAAGUAUUAAUUGGGCGCUUAUAGACUUCUCAAUGUAA